CUGCAUUUCUUUCGUGGCAGGGUCUCACGGUUCCAAAGCUUCACCUUCCUUCCCCUUCUCUCCCUUCUAUUAGGGAAUUCUCAAACUCUGACUCAGAGAGAGAGAGAGAGAGAGAGUGAGAGAUUCCAAAUCAAGCCAUGGCUCUUCCCCCUGCAUCUUUCAUCGUCGGUAUUUUCGGCAACAUUGUCUCCUUCAUGUGCUUCCUAGCACCACUGCCGACAUUUUACAGGGUGUGUAAGAAGAAAACAACAGAGGGGUUUCAGUCGAUUCCGUAUGUGGCAGCACUGUUCAGCGCAAUGCUUUGGAUAUUCUAUGCCUAUAUCAAGACCGGAGAAUUCCUCAUCAUCACCAUCAAUGCUGUCGGCUGUGUCAUCGAGAUCAUUUACCUUGUCAUUUACAUCACUUAUUGCCCCAAGAAAGCCAGGGUGUUCACGCUCAGGAUGAUCCUGUUGCUUAACUUUGGUGGCUUUUGCAUAAUCGUCCUUCUGACUCAUCUCCUAUCCAAAGAGCGUGCGGCCCGCAUCAAGCUUCUCGGUUGGAUUUGCGUCGUCUUCUCAACUAGUGUUUUUGUUGCUCCUUUAAGCAUUAUUAGAGUCGUUAUUCGCACCAAGAGUGUGGAGUUCAUGCCCUUCACUCUUUCAUUCCUCCUCACCAUCAGCGCCAUAACGUGGCUUAGCUACGGUGUUCUCCUCAAAGAUAUCUAUAUCUCUCUCCCGAACUUUGUGGGUAUUGCUUUUGGGACGAUUCAGAUGGUGCUGUAUGCAGUGUACAGAAAUCACAAGCCCGCACAGGACCACAAGCUCCCGGAACACAAAGGGGACAUCGAAAACGGCGUCGUUACGGCCGUCACCACCGUGGAUGACAAACAACAGGUCCUCUCUCAGCCAACUGGAGAUGUCGAGGCUGGAGAGAAGAAGGAGAAGGAUAAUCACAACCAGACAGAGCAGAAGCAGCAGCAGCAACAACAGCAAGAAGACUGGAGAAGAGAGGGAGAUCAGUUCGAAGGUUUGAGAAAAUUAAGAUUUGGAAUUUCGGGUGUGGUUGUGCCUCUGAGGAUGAUCGACCAUCUCUCUCUCUCUCUCUCUCUCUCUCUCUCUCUGGGGAUCAUAGUGAGAGUUCCUCUAAAGUUUAAACUUGCUUGUACCAUUUAAGAAACGUAUAUAGGGGGAAGAGACGAUGUAGAUUUCUAUAUAUCUAUAUCCGUGAUCUCUCUAUAUAUGAUUAAUUACUUUAUAAUAUGUCUCGAUACUUUCAUGUAAUUUAUGUUUUGUUUACAUAUAAAGUUAAGGCCCGCAUAAGGCAGUUUCGUA